CCACGUCCAGUCCAGUCUGUGAAUCUCGAGAAUCUAAAGGUCAAAGUACUGUGCAAAGUCAAUUAUAUACAGUUUAUGAUGAAUGAGUAUGGCUGGAAUGACCCUCCUCUUUUCUCUUACCAGUCAAAUCCUCCCUCUAACACCAAAUCCUCCAAUAAACCAGCUCUCCUCAACAAAAGACCCGCCUACCCAGCCACAGAGCAUCAUCACGUGACCAGCACAACCCUAUCACGUGACCAACCUCCUCCUACCGGGACUGCUGGUGUUCCAGUUCGGGAGUCGUCGUCUCAAGUGGAGGCGACACCUACUUCUGAAGAGGCUGUGAGAUGUUUAUCGCAGUCGGAAAUAUUAUCGUCACUUAAUGAAUUGGUUGAUGAUUACAAGGAGUGUAUUGAGGAAAGAUUACUCAAAGAGAUCAAAAAGCGUUUGGAUAUGCUCGACAAACAAUGGAGCACCCUCUCACAGCCUGUUCACAAGCGACUCAGCUCACUUGUACAAGCUCUCCAAGAUAAAGACUACAAGAAAGCUGAAGAUAUACAUGUGGGACUCAUGGUCGAUCAUGUCAGUGAGGUGAAGCAGUGGUUGAUCGGUAUUAAGAAACUGGUUGAUAUAGUAAAAGAUAGAGACAAGUCUUAAAGGAAGAACAUCCUCCAUUAUCAGUUAUCAGCAACUAUAGAUUAUGUGAAUUUUAAUAAUCAGUACUUUAUAUUAUAACUACUACAAUGUGAUAAUGAA